AUGUCAUCAUCACAGUAAGCCUUUUAAUAGUAAUUUGGUAAAUGGACAAAAAUAAUCAUGUCUAAUCAAAUCUAAAGAGUUUAAUAAACCUUAUUUAGAAGUCAACAACAAAUAUUAAGAGUGGAUAAAUUAUAUCAAUUAACUCAUUAAUUUCAUUAAGCCAAUUUAUCAAAACCUUAUCCAUGUUUAAAUGAUUAAACAUUCUUGGAUCAAUAUGCUUAUAGUGCUUCAUUUUGUUAUCUAACAUAUGGUAAUAAUGAUCAAGAUGUAAUGUACAAAAAACUUAAAGAUCUUUGUAGUAUUUUGAGUGAAACUGUUUUAAUGAUUGAUUAAGAUUUUGAUAUUAUGUUUGCAUCAACAUAUGAUAUUCACUUUUUUACAGUUUGGCCAGGCUCUUAUCUAGGUUUUGAUUAUAAUCCUUAAAAACGAAUUUGGUAUACUAAUCAUUUAGAGUAAGUGUCUAAAAAUAAUAAAAAUCUAACAUAUUUUUGUGAACCUCAUAUUCAUUGGACAUGGAAAUUAUUAAUGAUUGCUUAAACAAAAAGUUUACUGGAUAUUGAUGGAUCAUUGGAUGGUGUAAUAGCAUCACAUGUAAAUUUCAGUUAAUUUGAAUAUUAAGAUGAUGGAGUUAGUUUCACAAUUAUAAAUCCUGAUGGUAGAAUUUUACUUAGUUAAUUAAAUAUUUCUGAAACAUCUUACAUAUAUGAUUAUAAUUUAACUCAUUUAGAUUAUUAAGAUUAUUAAUAAAUAAUUAAUUAAGCAAAUAAACGUGAAACUAUAAAUAAUUGUGAUUCAUAGAUUUGGAAUGAUUUUGGAUAUUUAUGUAGAAAAAUACGCAAUUCUACAGAAGAAUAACUAAUAAACACAAAGAUUAUGGAAAAUGAAGGUUUAGUUUUAAUAAUGUAAAAAUAUAAAUGAUAUAUUAUAUAGAUAAUGCAAAUUAUCAUAGUAUUAGAAAUAAUUUUAAUAGAUGUUUGAUACUUUUUAAAGUGGAAUAUCAUCUAUAUUCUUAGGUACAAUACUUGGAUUUUUUGGAUAUAUGUUUUCAUCUGCUUUAAUUACAAGUAUUAUCAUAAUAAUCUUAUUUAAUCCAAUAAUAAAAAUAAUAAAUUAAACUUCUCAAUAUGUAUUUAAAGAAAGUGUUUAUAUGUAACAUAAAUUAUAAAAGAAACCUUAAUUAUAAUUUUUUAAAAGAUCUAAAACAAAUACAUUAAUCAAAAACUUAUAAAAUUCAUUUAAUAAAUUAAUUCAUAAUUAACUUAAUCCUAAUAAAUCAUUAUUAUGUUUAUGGAUUGAAUAAUUCUAAUAUCCUAUCAAAAGGUGGAGAUUAAAAAAAAGAGUAAAAAAAAUAUAAAAAUAAUAUUCUUUAUUAUAAAAUAAUCUAUAAAAUUAAGAAAUAACAGAUUAAUAAAUUACAUUUGUAUAACAACUAAUUAAAAGUUAUCAAUUUAAUUAAAGUACAACAUAAAUUUGA